GACCGCGCAUGCGCAUAGACGUGUUAUGUUUACCGUCGAGUUUUGCGGGUUCGUUUAUUUUAUUCAUUGCCGAAAGAAGGAUGACUUCAUUUAUUUUUUUUAACUUAUUCGUCAAACAAACGAAAUAGCGCACGUUAUCAGUGUGUCAGGAUAAACUUAACUGAGUGAACGCUGUAGCUUCUCGUGCUAGCUUAGCUUGCUAGUUAGCUUAGCUUCCGAGCUGCUAACACAAGGGAGGCUCAGCAGAAAUCAAGUAUAAAGUGUGACUGUGUGAAAAUGUGCAAAGUACAAAUGCUGAGAUUGUUGGUAAAUCAGCAGCUGUUGAAUGAAUAUGUGCAUUGUGAGAAAUAACGAUAGAGGAGAAGGAGCGACAACAUCAACUACUGGACGCUGUUUUCAAGAAACAUCACGUUGUGUUACACAGAACAGAUCUCUGUGAAGAACCUCCUCUCCCUUGAGCAGCAGGAUUGGAAUUAAGGAAAAAAAAUGGAGCAAGAGGAGACACAGCUCUGCCACAUAAAAGAGGAAGAAGCAAAGCCCCCUCACAUUAAAAAAGAAAAUGAAGGUCGACAGCACUCCAAAAUCAAAGAGGAAGAGGAGGAACACAGCAUCAGUCAGGAGGGAGAUCAGCUUGAAUGGUUGGAGGAGUUCCCAGUGACUGGUGUCCCUGUGAAGAGUGAAGAUGAUGAGGUCAAACGGUUGGAGGAGUUCCCAGUGACUGGUGUCCCUGUGAAGAGUGAAGAUGAUGAGGUCAAAUGGUUGGAAGAGUUCCCAGUGACUGGUGUCCCUGUGAAGAGUGAAGAUGAUGAGGUCAACCUGUUGGAGGAGUUCCCAGUGACUGGUGUCCCUGUGAAGAGUGAAGAUUAUGAGGUCAAAUGGUUGGAGGGGUUCCCAGUGACUGGUGUCCCUGUGAAGAGUGACGAUGAUGAGGUCAACUGGUUGGAGGAGUUCCCAGUGACUGGUGUCCCUGUGAAGAGUGAAGAUGAUGAGGUCAAACGGUUGGAGGAGUUCCCAGUGACUGGUGUCCCUGUGAAGAGUGAAGAUGAUGAGGUCAAAUGGUUGGAGGAGUUCCCAGUGACUGGUGUCCCUGUGAAGAGUGACGAUGAUGAGGUCAACUGGUUGGAGGAGUUCCCAGUGACUGGUGUCCCUGUGAAGAGUGAAGAUGAUGAGGUCAAACGGUUGGAGGAGUUCCCAGUGACUGGUGUCCCUGUGAAGAGUGAAGAUGAUGAGGUCAAAUGGUUGGAGGAGUUCCCAGUGACUGGUGUCCCUGUGAAGAGUGAAGAUGAUGAGGUCAAAUGGUUGGAGGAGUUCCCAGUGACUGGUGUCCCUGUGAAGAGUGAAGAUGAUGAGGUCAAAUGGUUGGAGGAGUUCCCAGUGACUGGUGUCCCUGUGAAGAGUCAAGAUGAUGAGGUCAAAGGGGAAAGUGAGGAGCAGAGAGAGGCGGAGCCUCCAAGCAGCAGCUCAACUCAACACAUGACAACAGAAGCUGAUGGAGACCACUGUGGAGGAUCACAGGCAGACAAGCUCUUAGCUCCACUAUCAGAUAGUGAGGACACAACGUCACACUCUCCUGACACUGAUGAUGAAGAUUCUAAAGACGAUAAGACAUGUCACACUGACAACACACACUUCACGUGUUCUCACUGCAACAAAACCUUUAAUCACCGUCACAAUCUGACAACACACAUGAGAAUACACACCGGAGAAAAACCGUUCAUGUGUUCAGUUUGUAGCAAACGAUUCCGUCAUAUGCAGAAUUUGAAAAGGCACACACGACUGCACACUGGAGAAAAGCCUUUCAUCUGUCCAGUCUGCAGCAAAGGAUUCAUACGAAGUCAAUGUCUGACAAGGCACAUGGGAACACACUCCGCCAAGAUAACAUAUCCCUGUCCAAGCUGCGACAGAAGCUUUUGUCACCAGUCCGCGCUUUUAGCGCACAUGAGAAUACACACUGGCGAAAAACCCUUUUCCUGUUCAGUCUGCGGCAAAAGUUUUGUGCAAAAUGGCUCGUUUAAAACACACAUGAGAACGCACACCGGAGAAAAACCUUUCUCCUGUUCGAUCUGUGGCAAAUCUUUCAACCGAAGUCAGUGUUUGAAAACACACAUGAGAACACACACCGCAGACAAAUCUUUCUCCUGUUCAGUUUGCGGUAAAGGCUUUACACAAAUUCAAUAUUUAAAAAUACACAUGAGAACGCACGUCGAUGUCAAGCCCUAUUCCUGUUCCAGCUGCAGCAAACGCUUUUGUGACCAAACAAAACUAGUCAGACACAUGAGAAUACACACCGGUGAAAAACCUUAUUCCUGUUCAAAGUGCAACAAAAGCUUUUGUUACCGAUCGACACUCGUAGUCCACAUGAGAAUACACACUGGUGAAAAGGUGUUGCGUUGCAGUGAGUGUGAUGAAAGAUUUUUUUAUAAGUACCAGUUGAAGAAACACAAGUGCAACAGCAGCAGCCAAUGAAGCUGCGGGAUUUCAAUCAAUCAAUCAAUCAAUCAAUCAAUGUUUAUUUAUAUAGCUCUAAAUCACAAAUGUCUCAAAGGACUGUACAAUGAUGGUACAUCUCAAGGAAAACUCACACCCAGUGGGCAGGGAGAAUUCACAUCCAGUGGGACGCCAGUGACAAUGCUGACUAUGAGAAACCUUGGAGAGGACCUCAGAAGUGGGCAACCCCCCCCCUCUAGGGGACCGAAAGCAAUGGAUGUCGAGCGGGUCUAACAUGAUACUGUGAAAGUUCAAUCCAUAGUGGCUCCAACACAGCCGCGAGAGUUCAGUUCAAAGCGGAUCCAAGACAGCAGCGAGAGUCCCGUCCACAGGAAACCAUCUCAAGCGGAGGCGGAUCAGCAGCGUAGAGAUGUCCCCAACCGAUACAGGCGAGCGGUCCAUCCUGGGUCUCGACUCUGGACAGCCGGUACUUCACCAUGGUCGUCGGACCGGACCCCCUCCACAAGGGAGGAGGGGACAUAGGAGAAAGAAAAGAAGCGGCAGAUCAACUGGUCUAAAAAGGAGGUCUAUUUAAAGGCUAGAGUAUACAGAUGAGUUUUAAGGUGUGACUUAAAUGCUUCUGAAAUCAACUGUUGACUGUCUGACACAGGUGUCGGCAAUCACUCUGAUGCGGCUCAGCUUGUCGCGGCCAGUGCGCAUUGGAGCGCGCCCUCGUCCUUGCGUUACACUUGUCAAACCUCAGGACACGCCCACGGCCGCGCUAAUCCAGGGAGACGCCGACAAAGACACGUGGGUGUCCAGGUUAAAGCGCCUGACAGCGGACCUUGAAGAUGUUUCACGCCAGAAGGCCGUUUUUGCUCCAGAAUCACAAAUGGUGGGAUGUUGAAAACCUCCUGUUGUGGGCGUGGCCUGCGGACCUGCAGCGAAGCGGGGUGUGGCAGAACCGGCUUCGAGAUUAGCGACAGGCAGCAGUCGGGAAGGAGAGGAGGGGUUGUUGAUGGCGGUUGGCGAAGCACGAGGGGAGCGAGAGCAAGACAGACCACUCUUAGGGAAACCUUUCAUGUGCUCGACCGAGGAAAGACAAUUGCUGGAGAGUGCAUAAAGACUCUGCAAGAUCUGGCGUUUAUUGUAAAAUAGACAUUAUGAUUGGUGACUGGUGUCCCAAAGAACCCUGAAGGAAGCGACUUCCACACCUCCCCAAACCAGACAAACUUGUGUUCGAAACUUGGAACGCUAUGUGAACGUGAACAAGUAUGCACCUGAGUCCUGUCGACCUUUGGAUCCACAUAUGUAUGUGAGCAGGUGUUCUCCAACAUGAACUUUAUCAAAAACCAACAUCGCACACGCCUCGCAGAUGAGAACUUACAAUCCUGUGUGAAGAUAAAGGUGACGAGCGAGGUUCAGGAGCAGAAAUCACCUUGACCAAGUUGGCAGCUGACUGCACGGCGCCAGUAAAAGGAUGACAGCACAGAGAGAGAGGACGGCAUUUUUGGUUCUCUGUCAGCGGAUAAUGGACACCAAUCCCUGGGAAUGCGUCCAACCCUUCAAGAUGCCCUCCCUCCUGACCGAUGCUGUGUUCCUCCUCUUCCUCUUUAAUGUGAGAAAGCGUUGGCUCCUCAUCUUCCUCUUUAACGUGAGGGGGCUGUGGCUCCUCCUGCUCCUGACGAGAGGUCCACUCCCGCUGCUCAGGGAGAUGUUCUUCACAGACGUCUGCAGGACACGAGAAGGCAAAUACACGCAUUAGGAAAAAAAGAGAGUUUUGUUGAGGUGUGUAAUCAAACAGUUUUAUGAUAGAUACCAUUUGAAAAAGUAAGAUUAACUGUCUGGAAUUUUACCAGGGUUUACAAUUAAUCGCUGUAAUAGUUACAUCCCUAGCUUAGACAAAAUGUGAAUGUUUUUACGUGAUCGCAGAUUGUUUUCAAAGUACACCUGUGUGAAUGGAAAUUGUUUUAACAUAGCAGCCUAUAAGAAGGAACAAUUAAAAAUUAAAGCUGCAAGCAGCGUUGGUCGGGUCCGCCUUUGGCUGCUGCCGCCGCUACAUAGACGUUUUUGUUUCAUGUCUCUACGACAUUCCUAACAGAAGUUACAAGCAGUUUUGUCUGUUUUUUUUCCCUAGGGGGCGCUAGAGCGCAAUUUUGAUUUUCAGGGUUUGGUUUUUUGUUAGAUGGCAGUUUUCGCCAGCCCUGAUGUGUGUGUAAAAUUUGGUGAGUUUUGAAGCAUGUUAAGGGGUUCAAAUUACAGAUUGGCGUUUCUGGAUGUUGUUGAUAAAUGGCUUUCGCUUGGCAUAGUAGAACUUUAACUUGCACUUUGAAGCAUUUUAAGGGGGUCAAAUUACAGCUCAAAGAGGCAAAAAUGAAAUUUUUUAGGAAACUUUGCGUAGGGGUUCUUUGAAGGCGCGUAAAAUCAAAACCGGAGCAGUGAUCAAAACUCUGGUCUAUACUUUUAAUCAGAAGGGUUCAAUCUCUCUUCUGUGCGAGUUGGAAGCCGAAACGACAAACGAGCUCAGAGGAGAUAAUGUUUGAAAAAAGGUGACGGGUGUUUGCAAAACUUUUAUUUUGAAGGGGUAAUUUUUAACUUACUGUUGAUUUUUGCUGAAGGAUGUCAAUUUUAAAAUGUAGGUCUAAGUGAGACCUACAUAGAGGUAUUUUUUUCAUGUCUGCCCGACAUUCCUACUGGAAGUUACACAGUUUUGUCUGUUUUCUCUCCCUAGGAGCAGUUUUUUCUGUGUAGAGCGCAUUUUUUAAUUUUCGGGUUUAGUUUUUUCAUCAGAUCGCAAUUUUUGCCAGUCCUGAUGUGUGUGCCAAGUUUGGUGAGUUUUGAAUCAUUUAAAGUGGGUCAAAUUACAGCUCAAAUAGGCAAAAAUAGCAUUUUUGGCGAAAAUUUUGCUUUGAAUGAGUUUUUGCAAAAUUUCUGUUGAUUUUUGCUAUAGAAAUUUCCGAUUGGAAAUGUAGGUCUAAGUCGGACCUACAUAGAGGUUUUUGUUUCAUGUCUCUACGACAUUCCUAACGGAAGUUACAAGCAGUCUGUUUUUUGUUUCUUCCUAGGGGGCGCUAGCGCGCAAUUUUGAUUUUUGGGGUUUGGUUGCUUGAUAAGUUGGGAAGGUUUUCCACACCGACGUGUGUGUCAAAUUUGGAGAGUCUUGAAGCAUGUUAAGGGGGUCAAAUUACAGCGCAUAGGUGCGGAAUAAUAAAGAAUAAUAAUAAAGAAUAAUAAAGAAUAAUAAAGAAUAAUAAAACCUUACAGUUGGC